AUGGCCACCCCCAAUGUUCUUACUUUUGACGCUGAGGGGAGGGCCAUUGACUUUGCCGUCUGGAUUGAAGACCUGCAGCUGUACUUACUGUGUGAUGCGAUAGAUGAGGUCUCUCUCUUUGACUUUGUCUCUGGCGCUGUCCCUGCCCCACCUGCUGAUGCUGACUCUGCCGUUCGCUCCAAGUGGGCGACCCGCGAUGCUGCUGCACGUCUUGCUGUGCGUCGCCACCUCCCUUCCUCUGAGCGUGCCCACUUUAGUCAGUGCAAGACCGCUCAGGCCUUGUACGAUGCUGUAGUUGCACGCUACUCCUCCCCUUCCUCCGCUACCCUUAGCCGCCUCAUGCUACCGUUUCUCUUCCCUGACCUCGCCUCCUUUCCCACUGUUGCUGACCUCGUUACCCACCUCCGUGCUAGUGACACCCGCUACCGCGCUGCCCUUCCUGCUGAGUUCCGCGCUGCGAACCCUCCUCCCAUGUACAUCACUCUCUACUUUCUCGUCACCCGUCUCCCUGAGUCCCUUCGUGUCGUUAGGGACCAGUUUCUCUCUGGGUGUGGUCCUUCCCCCCUGCUGCCCUCUGUCGCCUCUGCCGCUGCGGCCGACCUCACUGGUUUUGAGUCGGUCGGCGCGGCGUCUGCCCCCAGCGGCAGACGCCGCUCUGGCAAGGGCAAGGGGGGCAAGGGAGCGGGUGGAGCUAGAGGGGGCGGUGGAGGAGGCGGUGGGGGUGGCGGGGGGAGUGGGGGUGGCGGUGGGGGUGGUGGCGGGAGUGGAGGUACUGGUGGCGGCGGUGGAAGCGGAGGUGGCGGCGGCGGUGGUAGCGGAGGAGGCGGUGGGAGCGGUGGGAGCGACGGUCCUG